CACGUGCCCUGCUCCUUCUCCUACCCGUGGCGUUCGUGGUCUUUCUCUACCAACUUCUACACCUACUGGUACCGGGAAGGGGACAACAUAAACCGUGAUGCUCCUGUGGCCUCCAGCAGCCCAGAUAAAGAAGUGAAGACAGAGACCCAAGGCCGCUUCCUCCUUGCGGACCCCACAGCCAACAACUGUUCCCUGCAAAUCAGAGACGCCAGGAGGAGUGACUCAGGACGCUACUACUUCCGAGUGGAGAGAGGAAAUUCUGUGAGAUAUAGUUACCGAAUGAAGAUGCUGGAUUUGCAGGUGACAGCCCUGACAGAGAAACCCCACAUCCGUGUACGGGAGCCUCUGGAGUCCGGCUGUCCCACACAGCUGGCCUGCAGCCUGCCAGGGGCCUGCCAAGGGGGACGACCUCUCACCUUCUCCUGGGCUGGAGCCGCUGUGGACUCACUGGACCCCCAGACCCUCCGCUCCUCGGUGCUCACCUUCACCCCGAGGCCCCGGGACCAUGGCACCAGCCUCACCUGUCAGGUCCAAGUCCAAGGAUCUUUGGUGGCCACACAGAGAACCGUUUGGCUCAAUGUGUCCU